AUGAAUAAUGUAAAUGCUGAUAUUAUUACUCUUUCAUGCUCAGGAACAGAUGUAAACCAACUUCCAAUGCUAGAUUUUGGAGGUAUUUGGAAUUACACGAUUGUUGGAGAGUGGCCACAAACUGAGUUUCCUCUGAUUUUCGCGGAUACGAUUAUAUAUGCCGAUCCAACUAAUCUUAAAUAUAUUUUAAACAUAAAUGUUAAUGUUAAAACAGAAGGAGCUUAUCCAUUAGGAAUGAUGCACUCAUUUUAUGGAAGAAAUGUUUAUCUAGAUUCAGAUAAGGAUGUCAAAAUCUCAUAUGACUUGAAGCCAAUUGAACCCAGUUUUUAUCCAUAUUUCUACUCUUCUAAGAACGUUUAUUUGAAGAAAGUCCAGUUGGUAGAUAAUUGCGGUAUCGGAUUUGAUACCGAAUCAUCUAACAAAUUCUUUAUUGAUGAAGUUGAUGCAUCAGGUCAAUCAAUUGAGUUGAACAAUGUUGAAGUUCGAAACAUGACAAUGAUCAAAUCAUCAAUCACCGGCAUCUAUGCAAACUUUGUUGAUUCAUAUGUUACUAUGAAUGUUCCCGCUAACAACCAAUUUUUAUCUACAUUGAACACCAACGGCAAGUGCGACUUAAAUUCAUUCGUUAUUAACGAUGAUCGCCAUACAUUAUAUACAAACACCACCGAGAAGAUCUUCUGCUGCAGUGGUGGUCUUUCUGUUAAGAAGCUUAAAACAGACACAGGUAAUUUACAUGUUAAAGACAAAUGCAUUGUUUUCACACCAUCCAUUUCAUCAUCUAAACUUCGACUUAUCUUACUGAUCACAAUUCCAUGUGGUAUACUUGCAUUACUUGUUGUUAUCAUUUUGAUUAUUUUCAUUGUUAAGCGUUCACGGAGAGGUAAAUUCGAGACAUCAACUGAAUUAACCGCAACAUUACUCUAA